CCGGCCUUCCCGGGAGGCCUGGAAUCCCGGGCAGCCACUGGCCCGUGGGGAUCCGCCGCCCUCCGUCACCGCGCGUCCACUUCCGUCCCGGCGGGAGGCGCCUCCCCUCCGCCUGCCCCGACCGUCCCCCGGCCCGGCGGGCAGCCUCCGCGCGGGGAGAACCCAGGCUUCCGGCGGCGGACAGUAGCCCAACUUAAAUAUCUCCAAUGGCUAACGAGGCUCAUCCUUGUCCGUGUGACAUUGGCCAUAAGAUAGAGUAUGGAGGGAUGGGGCGCGAAGUUCAAGUCGAGCACAUCAAGGCUUAUGUCACCAAACCCCCCUUCGACACGGGCAAGGCUGUGAUCGUCAUUCAAGACAUAUUUGGCUGGCAGUUGCCCAAUAGCAGAUACAUGACUGACAUGAUCGCAGGAAAUGGAUACACAGCCAUUCUUCCAGACUUCUUUGUGGGGCAAGAACCCUGGCAGCCUUCUGGGGACUGGUCCACCUUCCCGGACUGGUUGAAAACAAGAGACGCCAGAAAGAUCGACAGGGAGGUCGAUGCUGUCUUGAGGUUUCUGAAACAGCAGUGUCACGCUCAGAAAAUCGGCGUCGUGGGAUUCUGCUGGGGCGGAGUGGCUGUCCAUCACGUGAUGAUGAAAUACCCAGAAUUCAGGGCAGGGGUGUCCGUCUACGGCAUCAUCAAGGAUUCUGAAGAUGUGCACAGUUUGAAGAACCCCACGUUGUUCAUUUUUGCCGAAAAUGAUGCUGUGAUUCCUCUUGAGCAAGUCUCUUUGCUGACCCAGAAGUUGAAAAAACACUGCAAAGUGGAAUAUCAAAUUAAAACAUUUUCUGGGCAAACCCAUGGCUUCGUGCAUCGAAAAAGAGAAGACUGUUCAGCCGAGGACAAGCCCUAUGUUGACGAGGCAAGAAGGAAUUUAAUUGAGUGGCUGCACAAGUAUGUUUAGCAGGGGCCAAGGGUACACUUUCUCAGAAUAGCUCGCAUCCAGAAAAUUGCUUUGGGAUACUUGGGUCGUUUAAUUUUUACUAUCUUGAUAUAAAAUAAAUCCAGGAAUCCUGAAAUUCAUUAUUCCAUCUCAAACAUAAAUGCAGUAGGAAAUGUUAAUGCAUGAUACAAUUUAAUUUUGAACACAUACACUAAGGGAAAAACAGGUCAGUACCUGAAGAAUUUGAAUGGUAGAGUUAAUAUCCUGUUAGCAAAAACCUAGGGCUGUUUAUGGACCAGCUGACAGCUCAGCCAUGGACUUCGUGGUUCUUCGUUAAGUACAUUCUUUAAAACGAUGGGUGUGGCAGAGCCAUGAAGAGCAUGAAUUGUAAACUCAGAUUCAAAGCCCAGCUUCCUGGGGCAUUUGUCUGUCUUAAUACGGAUGAGUCGGUCAUGUUCAUGGAUUGCACUGUGAGAAAUACUGAAGCUAAAAUAGGGUUUCGUUGACCUAAUUAUAUUGAGCCAAUAAACUUACUUUCUGAAUGUGUGGCUUUUUCUAAAAGCUAAUAAAGAACAAUGGAUUAGAGUGACUA